AUGAGCUCUAAUAAGAGCGAAACUCAAGCCCAGUGCUUCCCCCGUUUGGUGUGGACUCACCGGAAUAAUUACGCCAGAACAGGAAGACAGCCGUUCAAACGAGAUUGUUUGUUUAUUAUUUACUUUUGUUUCCAACCCCAGCAACCAGCACUACCAAACGCAGGAAGUCGCCUUCACCUGCUCACUUGGAACCCGGCUGAAUCUCCCGUUUGUGAGGUCUCCACGCAACUGAAUAAGCUGCACCAGGCCGCCCCAUGUUUCAGUUGCUACGAUAUUCGAAAUGUCGUGAUACAUGUAUAUUCGCAGCGCACUACUCAUAAGGGAAAUACACUCGUUUGCAAGCGAAUUCACUUCUGCGAGAGGCUCCUCUGGAAUCCAGCUGAAUCUCCCUUUUGUGAUGUUCCUAGGCAACUGAGUGUGCUGCACCAGGCCGCCUCAUGUAGGCGCAGUCCCCGAGUUUCCCUCAACCUUAUGUUCUACUUGAACCUAAAUUGCACGCAAUUAGCGAAAUACACUCAUUUGCAAAUAAAUCGAGUUUUGCGAGAGACGGAUUCACUUAGAAACACCAUAAAUGAGAGAUGCAGUUGGGUUCCAGCUGAGUCUCCCACAAAAACAAAUUUGUUUGCAACUGAGUGUAUUUCGAGAAGAGACGCCUGCAAGCGAGCUCGGCGAACAGAUCAACAGCCACCUGAGUUAAAACAAGUUUGCACACUCAGCGUAUCAAAACUGACAACAAGAUCGCCGGGUGGUAGCCAUAUCUUGCAGCGUCUCCAACCAGGCACAGUGAGGAUCACGCGGUCCCCAUCCUGGAAAUCGGGUGGCACCGACAACACUCAAACGUUUCGUGAUUUCUUUUAUCUAUCCCAGCCAGGUCAAGGGUUCUCCACCCCUCUGGUUCCGCCACUCGGAGUUGAGCAUGGAAAACAGCACUCUCUUCGACAAACGACGGUUAGGCAUACGCAACACAUGUCUCAACCAACGCAGCUUCUGGUGCUGGACACGUUCUUUAAUGGAGACACUCGUUGCACAAGCGAAACUCGCUUUCUAAUUGCCUCGUUGCGGAUACGCCGAGACCAACCCACACGACACAGCUAUAUAAGGGGUUUCAUUCAUCUCAUGAAAUUAUUCUUCUUCUGUGCUACUCAUAAAGUGAUGAUAGCAUGGGGGUUUUUGGUAGUUCUAACUGAAAUUUCGUUCUGUAAAAGCAACUUGUCCAUGCUGAAAUGCUGA